CUGGACAGGUGUUAAAAGAAGUCUCAAAACAUUGCUUUUCACCCAGAACAACUUAAUUACGCUUCUGAUCUGGUAAUGGUUACUUGACUGUAUCGUUUUUGUCUUUGUAUUGUAAUGAUGCACCUUGGCAAUCAUUUUUAACUUGUAAAUCGUCAGAUGCUCUAGUCGAUUUUCCAAUAAAAAAAAAUGAAACUAGUAAAGUACCGGUAGGCCUAGCACUCCGAUGUAAUGUGAGUUUGUAAACUGGCCGGCGUGAUAUGUUUGAAAUAAUGUUGAUGACGGUGAACAAAUCCAUGUAAACAAAUAAACAUGUAUUGCUUUGUCUUCGUAUCUUUACAUCGAUAAAGAACAGCUAGCUUCACGUUGUGAUUGUUAAUUUGUGAUGACACGCGUUUAUAAUUAUUUAUCGUUCGUGACAUUUACAUUUUAGCGUGACAGAAAAUGCCUCGGUCGUAUGUUGACAACCCAUAUAACCGGAGUGUCGGACGGGUGGGGAUGCCCGUUGGCAGUAUGGUCAUCUCCAAAGGUAGUGGAUCAGGCGGACUUAGCGGAAGCAGCGGAUUUGGUUUCCAGCGGCGGCAGUGCUUUAUUUGCCAGCGGAUAUUUCUGACGUCAGACCGUCAUCGGCGAUGUCGUCGGGAACGUAUGUGGACAACGCGUACAACCGGUCUGUUGGUCGGGUAGGGAUGCCGAUGGGAAGCAUGCCGAUUUCGAAAAGCAGUGGCGGAGGUGGGGGCCAUUCCGGUAGUAGAUCAACUAAGGUCACCAUCAGUGAGUCAUCUGCAUGUCCGUCGAAGACAUACGUUGACAAUGCUUACAACCGGAGUGCCGGAAGGGUCGGGAUGCCAGUGGGGAGUAUGCCGAUUUCUAAAACGGAGGAAAGACCUGUAAGUGCAAAAAACGAGACCAGGAGCGGCUCAAGUAAUUCAUCUACAUCAACGAAGACGUAUGUGGAUAAUUCUUACAACCGGAAUGCCGGAAGGGUGGGGAUGCCAGUGGGGAGUAUGCCAAUUUCUAAAACGGAGGAAAGACCUUUUAGUGCAAAAAACGAAAUCAGGAGCGGCUCAAGUUAUUCAUCUUCAUCAACGAAGACGUAUGUGGAUAAUUCUUACAACCGGAGUGCCGGAAGGGUCGGGAUGCCGGUGGGGAGUAUGCCAAUCUCUAAAAAUGACACGACUGUGAAAUCAUCGAGCGUAAAGCACGAUUACGGAAGUGUAUCCGAUUACGAUGAUUCCUCGACCAAGACGUACGUUGAUAAUGCUUCUAAUCGCCGCCUUGGUAGGGCCGGUAUGCCGAUCGGAAGCAUGGUGAUAUCGAAGAACAGUCCAGCGCCGCAGUCGAGGCCAGGAACGGCAAGCUUACGCUAUCUAAGGUAUACGUCGACAACGCUUACAACCGCCGUUUGGGUCGUUGUCGGUUUGCCCCUGGGAACGGCGGUGGUAUCGCCGAAAAUCCGGACGUACACGGACAACUCGCAGAACCGGCGGUUGGGUCGGGUCGGCAAGCCGAUCGGCUCCAUGGUAUUUCACAAAAAUGAUAAAACGGUUACCAUGCAGACGUACGUAGACAGUAAAGCCAACAGGGACCGUCGGAGGGUUGGGCUGCCUCGCGGUUGCAUUCCACGGAGUAGGAAGGUUUCGAAGGAAACCGAAAGGGUCAGAGACAUCGUGCAACGGCACACAGAUGAAAAUGGGGCUCUGAGAUAUUCGGACAGUUUUAUGUGCGAUUACCGGACCCUUGAUAGCGGCCCAAUGCACGACUACCAAUACGACGACACGAGGGACAUGGCGAAACUUCAGGUCAUGAAUAUGGUUUGGCGCCAACAUGCCGAAAUGGCUUGGUAUGACCAAAGCGGUGCCGAGGCGAUGACAACGGACGACCUGCCGGAAGUUGACGAUAUCAUACCGUAUUCCGAGCUUAAAUUAUGCGAAAAAAUAGGCGAAGGAGGGUUCGCAGUUGUCUUUUUGGCAGAGUGGCGGGGAACGGCGGUAGCGGUGAAGGAGAUGAAGACAGGGAAGAUAACUCGGAAGAAGGUGGAUCUGUUCAAGGAUGAAAUGAAGCUAUUCCGGUCUUUUGAUCAUCAAAACAUCGUGCGUUACAUUGGCGCUUGCGAAGAACCGGAACACCUUUGCAUCGUCAUGGAAUACAUGAAGGAAUGUCUGUUUAACGUCAUUCACGUCAAUGACGUCAUGACGGAUAUGGAUGAUCAACAGCGCUUGGCGAUUAUCCGACAAAUAUGCCUUGGCAUGAUUUACCUGCACGAGAAGAAUGUGGCGCAUUGUGACCUCAAGUCGCAAAAUAUCCUGAUGACAACGGCGUCUAACGGUGACACCAUUGUGAAGAUUUCUGAUUUCGGCUUGAGCAUGGUCAGGAAGCAUGCGGAGACGUCGACGGCGAGCGUUACCAUGGUGUCCGGAAAAGGAACACCGCGCUACAGCGCACCGGAAGUACUACGUGGUGAGCGCCUUAAAGCGAGCGACAUGAUGCGCACGGACAUCUGGAGCCUCGCUCUGAUCGUUUUCGAGAUCGUCUACGAAGAGGAACCGUAUCCAGAUUUCAACUUAAUGCAACUUCAGAAACAGGUUGGCGAAAAGGGCAGCGCACCGGAAGUACCGGAAGGCGUGGAUGUUAACCCGGAUAUCCGGUACAUCAUGAAUAAGGCCUGGCAGCUGCAACCUGAGAGACGCCCGGAUAUCGCCCGGUUUAGCGAUGUGUUUUUAGAUGCAAACUACAUUUUUGUGCAAUAGACAUGGAGAACACUUGAACAAUACAUGAUGUCUUUGUUUUGAGUAACUAACAUUUAAUGGUGUUUUUUUUUUAAUUUUGUUAAGAUAGUUUGUUGUUUCUAUAUAAGUGUUAUUUUGAUAUUUUUAGUUACUGUUGUGUAAUAAAUAGUUUUGUAAACUUGAAGUUACAUCAUACUUAUUUAUAGAAUCAUUAGUGUGGCAUUGUAUUGUCCUCAUAAUAUUAUUUUAUAACUAUUACUAAUAACUACUUAAAGUGAUAUUAUGGGCAUCUAACAGUAUAUAGGUGUCUAUCGCAACCGUUGUUUAUUUUUGGAGUUUUCACUUCAUGUACACUUAUAUUUGUUAAUGCAGCAUCAACAUACUAAAACAAUAACCCGGAAAGAGAAAAAUAAUCCAUUUGAAUAUCAACCGUACUUUUGUUUUUACAACUGACAACAGAAAUGAUUCGAUGUACGAUGUGAGUCUAAAUGUAGUUUUCAUGCAGAUUCGUUCAUACGACACAAAGACACAAUUUUGUUUUACGGAUCAAUUCGGCUUAGAGGACUGGGUGAGUCAUUUAAAAUAUCGAAAAUAAUAUAUACUUUUUAUAAACAACUAGUAGCAAGAUAAGUUGUAGAUAAUUGGUCAGUUGCCACAUUUUAACUAAUUCUUUUGACCUGUUAAUUCUUUUCAGCUCAAUUCAACCGUGAAAAAUGCCCAUAAUAUCACUUUUAAUUAAAGUUCCCACACAUUAUCAUUUAUAUGCUUAUAUUUUUCUUCUGAAGACAAAAUAUGGAGACAUACCCAUAUAAUAAGAGUAGUUCACCCCCAGAGUGAAGAAACCACCUUUUUCUCUUGGAGAUUACACCCUUCUGUGUACUUAUUUCAUGGUGUCCGGAAAAGGAACACCGCGCUACAGCGCACCGGAAGUACUACGUGGUGAGCGCCUUAAAGCGAGCGACAUGAUGCGCACGGACAUCUGGAGCCUCGCUCUGAUCGUUUUCGAGAUCGUCUACGAAGAGGAAACGUAUCCAGAUUUCAACUUAAUGCAACUUCAGAAACAGGUUGGCGAAAAGGGCAGCGCACCGGAAGUACCGGAAGGCGUGGAUGUUAACCCGGAUAUCCGGUACAUCAUGAAUAAGGCCUGGCAGCUGCAACCUGAGAGACGCCCGGAUAUCGCCCGGUUUAGCGAUGUGUUUUUAGAUGCAAACUACAUUUUUGUGCAAUAGACAUGGAGAACACUUGAACAAUACAUGAUGUCUUUGUUUUGAGUAACUAACAUUUAAUUUAUUUUUUUUUUAAUUUUGUUAAGAUAGUUUGUUGUUUCUAUAUAAGUGUUAUUUUGAUAUUUUUAGUUACUGUUGUGUAAUAAAUAGUUUUGUAAACUUGAA